AACGCACCAACUUGAUUAUCUGAACUUAAGUAAUUACUGAAGUGACCUAAACCUGGGACUAGUCACUGCUACAUACACUUCAGUGCUGGACGUCGACAAUGGCCACUACUAACAUUACCACGACCACAACUGCAGGACCGUCUACAGUAACAGCAGUCGUACAAAAUGGUCCACCAAUCCCAAAGGAUGGCCUCCCUCUCAUGCACUCAGCUCGCACGCCUCCCGUACUACCAUGGCCAGAUAUUGGACACCUUGCCAAGUGGUCUGUUUCUUCAUACAAAUUUGGGUUUGGUGCAGAGUGCCUUAGAGAUGGGGAUCCUGAUACGUUCUGGCACUCUGAUGGCCCCCAGCCUCAUUUUAUCACGGUGGAGUUCCCUUGCAAAGUGGCAAUUCAGAAAAUCAGUAUAUACCUUAGUUGGCCACAGGAUGACUCGUACACCCCAUCAACUCUUGCUAUCCGUGCAGGAACUGGUCCCAGCGACCUUCAAGAUGUACGGAUCGCUACUUUGGAGAAACCGGACGGCUGGAUAACGUUUGAUGUUUCCUCAGAACCUGACGAAGAUGGGAACUCGUUUAAACCUGUCCAUGCGUACGUGCUACAAGUUAUCGUGGUGCAGAACCAUAUGAGCGGAAAGGACACCCACAUACGAGGGCUCCGUGUCCUUGGUCCUCAGGAGUAUGCACCUCGGACCUAGUAUCUGCCGAGUGUGGCGCUGACACGAAAUACAGAGAAGAUGCUACUGAUGGCGAUCCUUUCCCUUGGAAGUCACCGGACUUCAAGAUGCACGAAAGAUUGCGGUGAACAGCAUACAUACCAUGUGUAUCAUUGAAUAUUCUAUCUUCUAUGGAAAGUGGGCUAGACUGCUGUGGUUUAUUACG